CUGCUACCUCUGUCUGCGUCUGCUCCUACACAUCUCCCUGUCCCAUCACUUAUCUCCGUCUGCUCCAACUGUUUCUUUACGUCUGCGGUAGGAGGACGUGUAUUCCACUUACAUUGAGACUCUUGAGGGCUGUAAAACGGGCUGAUCAGUGACUGAAGAGGAUGAUGCUCUCUUGAACCUCAGCGCUAACACCCGCCCGCCCCCUUCAUCCUCCUCACUGUCCUCGUCCACAACACUGCCUCCACCAUGAACCACACCCCCAGCCCUCACCUGUCCGAGGGUGGCAAGUCGGCCGGAGGCAGCCUGCUGUGCAGCCUGGGUCUGGUGUCAGAUAGGGGGAUCCGCUCCCCGGACAGCCUCACCCACACCCCCAGCCCCACUGGAGGGACCCCCAGCUCCAGCCCCCCGCUGCUGCUGUCGCCUGGGCUGGGAGGCUUUGGGCUGGGAUCCCUGGGGGCCAUGGGCGAGGGAGCCGGGGCCGACUGGGAGAGCAGGGAGGAGCUGAGGCUCAGGGAGCUGGAAGAGGCUCGAGCCAGAGCGGCCCAGAUGGAGAAGACCAUGAGGUGGUGGUCUGACUGCACCGCCAACUGGAGAGAGAAGUGGAGCAAGGUUCGUGCAGAGCGCAACCGUGCACGUGAUGAGGUCCGUCAGCUGAGGCAGCGGCUGGAUACCCUCACCAAGGAGCUGACCAGCGUCCGGCGGGAGCGGCAGGAACUGGCCUCAGAGAAUGAGACGCUACGGCAGGAGACGCUGCGCCUCCGAGGCGACCCCUCUCCUGAGGCUCCUCCUCCAUCUGCCACUUCUCCAUCUUCCUCCCCUGCACACCCUCGCGGUGCCUCUUCCUCCUCCUCUCCAUCUAUACCUCCCUCCUCCCCUGCUUCCUCCUCCUCCUCUCAGGUCCACACUGACGGCAAGCUGGACAGGGUCGGAGAGGGACCACCGGGGUCUCCGGAGCCAGAGCCAGUGAGGGACGUGGACUUGGACAGACAGAAGAUGGCUCAACAAAAGGAAUUGGAGGCGCUGGAGUCGGCCCUGCGCUCCAGGUCUCUGGACGGUGAUUCUCAGGAGGCCUGGGAAAGUCGAAGCAGUGUCAACGCGUCCACCUCACGCUCAUCCUCCGGUCUGAGCCGGCAGGAACGCAACAGGCAGCUGUGGGAGGACAUUAGCACGGUGGAGGAGGAUAACAGCAAACUCAACGCCCUGCAGCUUCGUCUGGACGAGUCCCAGAAAGUCCUGCUGAAAGAAAGAGAAGACAAGCUUGCACUGAGUAAGAGCAUCGAGAGGCUGGAGGCUGAACUCACUCAGUGGAAAUUUAAAUAUGAGGAGCUCAGCAAGACCAAACAGGAGGCCCUCAAACAGCUGAACCUGCUGAAGGAAAUGCAUCAGGAUGAACUGGGCCGCAUAUCUGAAGACUUGGAGGACGAACUGGGUGCCCGAACCAGUAUGGACAAGAAACUGGCUGAACUACGAGCUGAGAUGGAGAGGCUGCAGGUGGAGAAUGCUGCAGAGUGGGGGCGCAGGGAGCGCUUGGAAACGGAGAAACUGGCCCUGGAGAGGGACAACAAGAAACUGAGAGCUCAGGCUGAAGACCUGGAAGAGCAACUGGCCAAGAAACGCCGGCAGGCCGCCUCCGCACUCGACACCGACCUCAAGGCCAUCCAGACGGAGCUGUUCGAGAGGAACAAGGAGCUCGCUGACCUUCGCCAUGUUCACGCUAAGCUGAAGAAGCAGUUCCAGGAGAAGACAGCAGAGCUCGCCCACGCCAACAGGAGGGUGGAGAGCCACGAGGCCGAAGUCAAAAAGCUACGCCUGAGGGUGGAGGAGCUUAAGAAGGAGUUAGGACAGGCAGAGGAUGAGCUGGAUGAGGCCCAUAACCAGAGCAGGAAGCUGCAGAGGUCUCUGGAUGAACAGGUGGAGCAGACUGAGAAUCUGCAGGUACAAUUGGAACACUUACAGUCAAGACUGCGGCGGCAGCAGCAGAGUCCUGGUCUGUUUGGGAAGAUGCGAUCGGCUCGGUUCAGUCCUGAAAACCCAGACGGUCCAACCAGCGACAUGGACGAGGAAGAAGAGGAACUGCAGCUCCAGAUCCCAUGACAAAGACACAAACACACACACACAUAUAGUGACACAUGAUAUACUUUGACACAGACACCCUCAGUCAAAUGAAGAAGAAGAAGAAAAGGUGAAUACUGUUGC